AGUUGACAGCUGUGGAUAUGACUAAUAGGCGGUGUACCUAUAUAAAAUUUAUGUAGAAAAUACCAUAAAUUAUAUAGUGCAAUCAGAUAGCAACAUUUUAGUAACUGAGUCAUUUAGAGUGCAAAAUGUUGAUGUGAAGAAGCAUAAUAAAACACUGCAAAUAUGUCAAAAAAUAACCUCAACGAGAAUGGGUCUAGAAGUGUCUCCUCGAACAGUUUUAACAGUUUUUUAUCUGAUGGAGAGAUCAUAGAAAGUGGUUUAGAAGAUAUUCACAUCUCAAGUAAAAAUAACAGACCAUCUUCUACAUCCAAAGCUCAUAAAGCCAAAAGAAUUAGGUUCUACCACAAUGGCAACAAAUUCUUCAGUGGAGUUGUUAUCCCUGUGGCCCCUGAAAGAUAUAGAUCUUUUGAUAGUUUAACAACUGAGCUAACAACCAUUCUAACAAAAAGUGUCACUCUACCUAAUGGGGUUAGAAAUGUGUAUUCCAUGGAAGGAAAGAAGGUGUGUAACAUCGACGAUCUCGAAGAUGGAAAGGAGUACGUGGUGUGCGGCAAGGGCGAGAUGUUCAAGAAAAUCGAGUACACAAAAACGGACACUCUCCGGUCCAAACGUCUUUCCAACACCAAGUUCACGUUGAACAGUUAUUCUAGUGUGCCUAGGAUAGUGGUACCCGACUGUGUACGACCGAAAAUCGUCAAUAUUAUACGAAAUGGAAUUAAACCCAGAAAGAUGCAUUAUGCAGAUGACCAGAAAGAAAAACUCUCUUCAGACCACAAAUCCCACCAAAUGGAAGCUGAUCAAGCGUAUGAUGAAAAAAGGAAAGAUACAGAAACUCCCAAAACUGUUCCACAUUUAAGGACAUACAAUUUCGAAAUACAAAUGGAUCAUAAGUUUAUGGUACCAGGUCACACUCACUUGAAAGUAGAUACUGAAUACAGUAUAAUAAAAAAAAAAAGAAGAGAACUGACAUUCAAAUAUUUCACCUUCAUGACUGGAUGCGACUUGUACGUUCAAGCAGCUAUUUCUCGACUGCUUCUCAAUAAGAGAAAUUCACCCAGUUUGGAACAAGUUCUUAGCGCCUUUUCUGAAAUCGUUCAGUUUGCCGUAAGGAGAGUGUACUCGUUAUCAGGUCAGUCCGUCAACGAUCUGUCGCAAUUUUUCGACAAUGACGACGUUUUCUUUAUAUACGGAAACGAGAAACCCCAGCCCACUGAUUUCGAAUUGGAAUUUGAGGAAACCAAAGCCAUACACUCGUAUAAAAAGACGACUAUACAUAGAAAUGGCGGGGGUCCUAAGCCUAAAAUGCCUAAAAAGGAAUUGAAUCGAACCUAUGAGUCUGAAGAGAGCUUAUUAAAGAAAUUAAGCGAAGAAACUAAUUUAAUUUUACCAGUUCCUCUUAAAACUAAAUACGUAGUAGGAAGGAAAGUUAUUGGAGAUGGUAAUUUUGCAAUAGUGAGACUAUGUCGAGACAUCACCACAAACAAAGAAUAUGCUUUAAAAAUAAUAGAUAAAUCAAAAUGUAAAGGAAAAGAGGACAUGAUAGAAAACGAAGUGAAGAUUCUCAGGAAGGUGGAUCACCCCAAUAUUAUGUCGUUGGUAGCCGACGCAGAUACCAAAAGUAUUUUGUAUUUAGUUUGUGAAUACGUCACGGGUGGUGAUUUAUUCGACCAAAUCACAAUUGCUCAAAAAUACUCAGAGGAGCAAGCAGCCUUAAUGAUUAACAAUUUAGUAUCAGCUUUAGCCUAUUUACACAGUCUAAAUAUAGUACAUAGAGAUGUUAAACCCGAAAAUUUAUUAGUAGAAUUAGACGACGACAAUAGAGUGAAAUUAUUAAAAUUAGGAGAUUUUGGAUUAGCCUGCGAAGUGACGAAGCCUUUAUAUACUGUGUGCGGAACUCCUACUUAUGUCGCACCAGAAAUUUUGGCCGAAUCAGGCUAUGGACUCAAGAUCGACGUAUGGGCUGCCGGCGUUAUCCUUUAUAUACUUCUUUGCGGCUACCCCCCUUUCGUUAGUCAAGACAACGACCAAGAAAAGUUGUUCGAUUGUAUUUUAUCGGGCCAAUACGAUUUCCCCGAAGAAUACUGGCAAGACGUCUCGUCCUGCGCCAAGGAACUAAUCCAAAAUAUGCUUCAACUCGACCCAGAACUCAGGUUUUCAGCCGAAGACGUAUUAGAUCACCCAUGGCUUCAACCCAUCUCUACAUAGGAAGAAAUUAUUUUUACACAGUUAUUAUAUGUAUAUUUAUUUUUUUAUACCUGACAUUGUCCCACACGAAGUGUACGCAGGCAUUGAUUUUUAAUUUUACGAAAGGGAGGGGAACAAACCAAAAAUAUUGCGAUAUUAAAUUGAGUACUAAGUACUUUAUUGUUUGUUGAAUAACAAAAUUAUGAAAUUGACAGUGGUGCAUGUUGGUAAUUACCUCUAGUAGCAGUAAACCUAUUGUUCAUAAUUUCGUAAGAUAAUAGUGAGAUUAAUUCAAAUAAGUGAACAUAAUAAAUCACUAGCAACAUUUAUUUUUGGCGCCCUCAUGCGGUUGUUUUAAAAAGUUUAAUGUCUGCUAAGUAGUGAGUGUAUUUAUUAAGUAUGAUUAAAUAUAAUUUAUUUUUUGAAGAUUAUCACAAAAACUCCAGAUAUCCACGGGGAACUUUAUAGGAAUUGAAAAAUUCAUGAAAGUAUCGAAACAAGAUUUUAAUAAAUUCUAUUUAAAACCAAGAUUCUUUCAAAUAUAUGAGUAGAAUCGGUUGAGAAAUAAAAACGUGUCAUCCACUGUCAAUUUCUAAAACCAAAAAACUAGAUACGUAUUACUAUUAACGUACUUCUUGAAUGCCUACCUACACUACAGGAAAUUUUCCUGCCACAUAUACGACAUUCCCAAAAUAAAAUUGGGUCAUAUACCGUUGC